AUGGAGAAGAGUUUUGAGGAUGAUGCGCAGUUGGCCCAGAUGGGCCACAAGUCAGAGCUGAAACGCCAUUACUCUUUGUUGUCUAUGCUUGGUCUUGCAUUUGCUAUUCUGAAUUCAUGGACAGCUUUGUCUGCGAGUUUAUCCCUCAGUUUGCCUUCCGGAGGCCCGGCAAGUGUUGUUUGGGGCUUGGUGACUGCUGGUAUUUGUAGUAUGUGCAUGGCAGCCUCGCUGGCCGAGUUCCUAUCUGCGUACCCUACUGCUGGAGGUCAAUACCACUGGGUUGCUGUCAUUUCUUGGGAGAAAUGGAUUCCCAUUCUAUCUUGGAUCACUGGCUGGGUGAACUGCUCAGGUUGGGUUGCCCUGGUGGCAACCGGUGGUUUGCUUGGUAGCCAGCUGGUUCUGGGCUGUAUUUCUCUGAUGAACCCCAGCUACGACCCCCAGCGCUGGCACCAAUUUUUGAUUUACGUCGCCUACAACGUUGCUGCAUUCCUCAUCAACGCGUUCGGAAACAGCAUUCUGCCCUACUUCAACAAGGCUGCCUUCACCUGGUCUCUGACCGGAUUUGCCGUUAUCUGCAUUACGGUCCUCGCCUGUUCCUCCGGCAACUACAACUCCGGGGACUUUGUUUUCCGCGACUUUAUCAACGAGACAGGCUGGCCCGAUGGCAUUGCCUGGUUGCUUGGACUUCUGCAGGGUGGUCUAGGCGUUACUGGAUUUGACGGCGUUGCCCAUAUGAUCGAAGAAAUCCCGAACGCUUCCGUCGAGGGACCCAAGAUCAUGAUUGCCUGCGUUGCAAUUGGUACCAUCACUGGUGUCAUUUUCCUGGUUGUGCUUCUGUUUGUGGCCGGUGAAAUUGAUCCAAUUAUUAAUUCGGCAGCUGGUCCACUCUUGGCGAUCCUGAAGAAUGCCACUCAGAACAACGCCGGUGCUAUCUGCCUGCUCAUCUUCCCCCUUGUGUGCAUGCUGUUUGCUACCACGGCUAUCAUGACCACAAGCAGUCGCAUGUGCUAUGCCUUUGCCCGAGACGGCGGUCUGCCUUUCUCGUCCUAUUUCUCCCAGAUUCAUUCCAAGCUGAAGGUUCCCCUGCACUCGCUGUAUCUCAACUUGGCACUGGUCAUCAUCUUCGGAUUGAUCUUCCUUGGAUCUUCCAGCGCUUUCAACGCCAUUGUUUCCGCGUCGGUUGUCCUGCUGGAUCUUUCCUAUGGUAUGCCCAUCGCUAUCAACUUGUGCCGUGGACGUAGCACCCUUCCCGAGCGUGCCUUCGUCCUGCCCAACGUCGUUGGCUACAUCCUUAACAUCAUUUCCGUCGUGUACAUUAUCCUUACCACCGUCCUCUUCCUCUUCCCUCCGGAUCUUCCUGCCACUGGCAGCAACAUGAACUACUGUGUUGCCGCCUUUGCCAUUGUUGUCAUCAUUUCCUCGAUCACAUGGUUCGCGGACGGACGCAAGAAUUACGUCGGUCCCCGAAUCGAGGUGGAGUUUUUAGCCGGACAGGCUGGCACUCAAUCCGAAAAUCCGGUUGCUGCCGUAGAACAUUACAAGGCUUAA